AAAUGACCGUGGUCCCUCUCUCUUACCUCUUAGACCUUUCUUUGCUGCUUUACGUUAUACAAAAUAUUUUUAACGCUUUCUGAAACUGAAAACAUAUAUAGGCGGACCAAACAUACAAAAAAAGUUGAUUUUCAAAUAAUUAUUUACUCACACAAGUGCGAUGACUCUUGAAGAAUUUAAAUGCGAUAUACUGGACAUACUAGAAAAUGAGGAUUACAGAAGUUCCUUUUUGGAGAAAUUGGAGACGUUCUAUCGGAAUUUUCGAUCAAAUGUCAUCGCCCAAAUUGAGAAGAGGCUCCUUUACGAAAAAGAUUGCACUAACAAUGCUAUAAAAAUAUCAGAACUGCAACAAAAGAUUGAUACAAUAACAUCUAACGUAAAUGCUAUCAUGUUACAAGAGAAAGUAAUAGAUAAGAAGAUUUCCGAUGUGAUAAAGUUGCAAGAUAACAUAAAGACUGAAUUAGAAGAGGGAAAAAAGCAGAAAGAUGCUUUAUUUUCCGAGAUAAUGGAUUUAGAAUUGGAAAUUGAAGAAAGGAAAAGAAAAAAAGUUCUACAAUGGGAUGCUAUUAAACGAGCAUGUAACAUUUACAAAGUAAACUUGGACAUGCAUAUAAGUCUUGAAGAAAAGAAAGAUUGCGACUAUAUAAAAGUUAAUUUUUUCACACACAAUAAUGAAACAAAGGAUAAAUAUUAUGUUCAAUUAUUACACAGUGAUGACUGCUGGAUAGUUGAACAUACUGAACCGAAAUUAAAGAAGGAACAUUUCAAUGAGCUAAGCAUUGAUCAAGACUCUUCUGGACAUACCAAAGUAAUGGAUAUUACUUUGUUCUUGUACGAGAUACGAAGUAUAUUUCUAAAAUAUUAUACAUAAAAACUAAAAAAAAUCAUAAAACAAACACAAGUAAUUAUGAGAACUUAUAGAAAGCGUAUUUUAUACAAAACAAUAUACUUUUUUAAAUUCUA